AUGGAUUUGGGAUUUUCUAAAUUAAUGAAUACAAAUCCAAUGUAUACAAAUUAUUAUUCACAAAUUAAUAAUAAUAAUAAUACAUCAAAAUUAUCAUAUCCAGUUGCUAGUUCAUUCUUUCAUUAUAAUUCUAAUAAUGAUUUAUCAACAACGGCGACAACAACAACAACAACACCUAUGUUAAAUGAACAAUUAACUUCACAAAUAGAACAAUUGAAUAAUUUUUCUUUAAUUAAUGAAUCAAAACAUUUAAAUCAAUUAUCUAAUGAAAUGUCAAUGAAACGUUUAAAAUUAGAUAAUGCACAACAUACAAAUGAAUAUGAUUCAUCUAGAAAUUGUAAUAGUACAAAUUCUAUUAUACCAUGUGAUUUACGUGCUGAAAAUAAUGAAAUAAAUAAUGAUAUGAAUCGUCAAUUCAAUGUAAAUGAUACUAUUCAUACACAGUCAAUGCAUAAUCAUUCGUUAGAACAUUUACCAAAUGCUUCAAAUUAUAAUUUUUGGCAUAAACUCAAUUCUUAUCCAAUAUUUCCUUAUCAUUCGUCUCAUCAUCAUAAUACAAGUACUACUUAUAACUCUACUAAUGCUACUACUACUACUAUUAAUAAUGAUAAUCACUUAUCGAAUUAUUAUGAUCGAUAUAUGUGCAAUACAACAUUUCGAUAUUCACAUCCUUCAAAUAAUCCUACAUAUAAUUUGUCAAUUUUCCCACCCUAUUCACCAACUGGUGCACCAUCUCAUUAUUACCAUCAUCAACAACAUAGUCAAGGCGAAUCGAACAUCAUGUCAGAGUCAAGAUUGUCAAAUACAUUCCCUUCAUUUAUUACGGAAUCUCAGAUAUCACUUCCAUCAUCUUCACCAUUAGUUACCAUGACUACAAACACUACUAAUUUACGCAUAAGUAAUGCUUUAUUUUCAUCUCAUAUGAAUAGUAAUAAUGUCAAUGCACCAUGUAUAACUCUAACAGCUACAACUGUUAAAAAUUCCUUUUCUACCGUAUCGUCUGUGAUUACAUCAUCUAUUUCGGAUACUCCUACCGAUACUAUUCAUAGUAAUCAUUGUAGCCAGAAAAAUUUAAAACGAAAAUCAACAAGCAAUUAUGAUUUUAAUACAAGAUCACAAGAAGAUAUAAACAAAAAUAAAUCUGUUAAUAAUUUAUAUGAAACAUCAAAUAUGUUGAAAGUCAAUAAUGACGAAGAUUUAAUUGACAAAAAUUGUGAAAAUAACGAUGAAUCACAGCAUUCACCAAUCUCAUCAUCAAUGGAUUAUUUCUCUCAAACAAAUUCCAUUUCACCACAAGACGAUAAUGUAUCACAAAUAAAUGUUUACAAUAGUAAUAUUAAUAAUAAUGAUAAUAAUACUGAUAAUAAUAAUAUUAUCAUAAAGAAUAAAAAAAUACGUAAACCGCGUACAAUUUAUUCCAUAUGGCAAUUGCAAAUGUUAAAUCGACGUUUUGUUCAUUCCCAGUAUUUAAAUUUAACAGAACGUGCAAGUUUAGCAUCACAACUUGGCUUAACACAAACACAAGUUAAAAUCUGGUUUCAAAAUAAACGUUCUAAAUUGAAGAAAAUUCUACGUCAAGGACAAGAUCCUACAGCAUUUCUUAAUGGAACAACGAAUGAUACACCUGAGGAUGAUCAAAUGGGAAGUGAUUAUGAAGAAGAUUCACAUUCGUUGAAUUGUGGUGACACAUCGAAAUUGUCAUCCGAUCAAAUUGAAUACAAUAGUCAUCAUUCACAUAUUCCACAUUCCAUACAGUCAAAUCCUCAACAUUUUCAUUCAAUCAACCAAAAUGAAGAUUUAGAAUUUAAUAAAAAUAGAACACAUGAAAUGAAUAACUUUCAGAAGAACACAGGAAGAACUAAUGAUUAUGAUAAACGAUUUUUUCCUUUAAAUAAUAGUAAUACAAGCUGUGAGUUAUAUUUAAAGUCAAAAUUUCCACCUCAUUCUAAUGAAUCCAUGAAUCAAUUAACUGAUGAUGAAGCUAUUAAAAUUUCUACUCAUCAAUAUUUAACAUACACUGCGCCUAAAUUAACCAGUGAACACCAUACAAAUACUUUUGUUCAAGCUGAAGAUCACGUACCAGUUAAUAAUAUUCAAAAUCAUUUAUUAACUGAACAAUCAAAUAAUGUAAGUUGUAAUCUUUCGUCACAUUCCCUUUCUCAAUGCAAUACUCAUUCAUCGAAAUCUUCAUCACCAUAUUCUGAUGGUAAACAACAAAGUUAUUCUGAAAAUAUUAUUCAUAAUGAUGAACAAUGUUCACAUAAUUCAUGGUCUUCAUCACUUCCUACAAUCCAACAAAAAUCUAAUGUAGACGAGAACUGUUCAAAUUUACAAAAGAAAUCUGACUGUUCAACAUAUCAUACAAAUUCUAAUUGGACUUCUGUAAACAAUCAAUCAAUUCAUGGUAAAUCUGAUGAAAUUAAUCUUGAUAUUCAAUUACCACCGUCAUGGUUACCAAGUUCAGUGAAGAAUUAUCAACCUACUGAAAUUUUAAAUACAGUAUCUACAGAAGAAUGUAAAUUAUUCACUGACCAUGAAGAUCCAGUUAAUCAGUGGUGUAUUGAUCAGCCUAAUUUAAAACCACAAGCUGAAUCAACUAUAAUCGAAGUUCCGUAUGAAUAUACCUAUUAA